UAUUCUGCACUGAAGAGCGGAUAACUGUUAUGGGGAAUCCAAUUAGUUGACGAUACAAGUUACACUUUCACUAAAUACACACUUGCACUUUCAGGAUAAACACCGAUGUGAAGAACAGUAUACAAUGUUGUGAAUCGUUCCAGCGACUAAAGUAAACUGAAGACGUUACUUCUUGUUUUUACUCUGAAAGCAGCGCGCAUAAAAAUACGUGUUAUCAUUUGGUUACCCACGCUCAGUGUGCAAAAUUGUUUAUACGCAGAUGGAUUCAUCCCUCUAAAAGUGAGAAAAUUGAAAAACACCAGACAUGGGACUAUCUACCAACAAACAUCCAGUAAUUAGUAUUCGAGCGAGCAAUCCGCUGGAGAAUGAGUAUCCAUAGCGCUGAGAGGGCUGAGAGAGGAGUGCAAUUCUCCCACACCAGAGUCAUCCCUCGCAAGCGUGACACAACACGACGUCACUUUUCAUCAUAAUUGAUUGCCAAUUGACUCAGAACAUUUGUCCGCAAUGUCCUCUGCAAAGGCGAUUCCUUAUCAAUACAGGAUACUCUAUCAUGUCUGGAUUCGCGUAAGCGAAAGUAAUCCCAGCUCUAAAUCGAUUCUGUGAGUUGGAAAUGAACGCGAAUGAUUGUAACGAUUUCAUUCUUUAUGUAGAAAUGCCGGUACGGAUGUGAUGUAGCACGUGCUGCUUGGCAUCGUGCUGCUUGCGUUACGCGAAUUUAGCUCAGACACUAACUAUGAAAAUCAUCUGAAAGCUGAAUGCAGCCUGUCGAUUUUGACAUACGAACGAACGAACGUGAUGAAAUUAUAGAGGUUUUAAACUUUUCAGUUCAUUCGCCUCUAGGAUUUUGACAUACAUUUCUCACAUCUGUUUAUUUAUCUCUUGCAAGUCAACACAAUUUUGGCGAAACUAGUGAUCAAUGCUAACAUAUUCAGCAAUAUCUUUGUCCUUCCUUUUAGUCUCCUAUCUGCUGUAAAUGGAAGAUAUCCAAGGAAACACGAUGUCGGUGGAGGAUAUCAGCUCCGCACUUGCCACGUAUACCAAGUGUGUCAACUUUGCAGCCAUCAAACACCGCAAUCAACGCAGACUAGAUUCGGAUAAAACACCAUAUAUCAAUCAUCCCAUUGGCGUGGCGUACAUCUUGACUGCCGAAGGCGGCGUUACAGAUUUCGAAGUCAUCCAAGCGGCAAUUUUGCACGACACUGUGGAGGACACGGACACUACCCUUGACGAGAUUGAGCAAAAUUUUGGACUAGCCGUCCGAGGACUUGUCGAGGAGGUUACCGACGAUAAGUCACUUCCGAAGGCGGAACGUAAACGGUUACAGAUUGAGCACGCAAGCGGGACGACCCCAAAAGCCAAACUGGUAAAACUGGCAGAUAAGAUCUAUAACUUGCGGGACCUGCAGCGGUGCAAACCGGAGGGUUGGAGUGACGAGCGCUGUAGGGAGUAUUUCGCCUGGGCGAAGAAGGUUUGUGAUAAUCUGAAGGGAACCAACCGAGAAAUGGAGGAUAUUUUGGAUCAGAUUUUUGAACAAGAGAAUGUAAUAUAAUAUUUCAUAUUAGUACUACUAGAA